AUGGCACAACAUGUUACUAACGAAGACCAAAUGCAGCAGCUAAGUGGUGAACAUGGAAUUACUCAAGGUGGUGCUAUGGGUGUUGCCCCUACCGCCGGUACUCAUGAUGAUACUAUGAAGAAAGAGCAUGAGGGACAACAACACCUUCAUCGUUCUGGUAGCUCUAGUUCUAGCUCUUCGGAGGAUGAUGGUGAAGGUGGUCGGAGGAAGAAGAAGGGUAUAACUGAGAAGAUUAAGGAGACAUUGACCGGAGCCGGAGGUACUACUCAUGACGAUAAGAAGGAAAUAGGUCAUGAUCAACAUCAGACUUCACAAACGUCAACUACUACUGCAUCAGUUGAAAAUGAAAGAGACGAUAAGAAAGGAAUGAUGGACAAAAUCAAGGACAAGAUCCCUGGCAUGCAUUGA